UUCAUUCUUCGUGCCGUAAGUACGAUUGACAUCAUGCCACCCAAAACUUCCGGAAAGGCUGCCAAGAAGGCCGGUAAGGCCCAAAAGUCUAUCACCAAGGGUGAUAAGAAGAAGAAGCGCAGGAGGAAGGAGAGCUACAGCAUCUACAUCUACAAGGUGCUCAAGCAGGUCCACCCUGACACUGGUAUCUCCUCCAAGGCCAUGUCUAUCAUGAACUCUUUCGUGAAUGACAUUUUUGAACGCAUUGCAGCUGAGGCUUCCCGCCUUGCACACUACAACAAGCGUUCCACCAUCACCAGCCGGGAGAUUCAGACCGCUGUCAGGUUGUUGCUGCCCGGAGAACUGGCUAAGCACGCCGUUAGUGAGGGAACUAAGGCCGUCACCAAGUACACUUCUUCCAAGUAAAUCUCUAGGUUGCAUGAUUUACUUGCCUCCUAGAACAACAUCGGCUCCUUUAGGAGCCACA